UUAAUUUCACAUCAUUCAUCUCUAUCCUUUCUUCACAUAAUUAAUUAAUUUUUUAUUUUUAUGAAACAAAACUUCUAGCACUUUCUUACCAUGUAUGUAUAUGCUGGAUGCUGUUGCCUUUGAUAACGAUGUUCCAUCAAUGAUUGCCUUCUAAAAUCUGACCACUCUUUAAAAUUCCCUCCCUGCGCUGCAGUUUUCAUUUUUCAACAACAACAGAAGCCACUUUCUUUCUUUCUUUUUUUUUUCCUUCUCAAAUACCGAUCACUCUAGAAAGUGGAAUUUACGAAUUAGUUAGAUCUCAACCGACGAUGGUGGAGAAGAAGGACACGUUCUUAACGGUUCCGCCAUUCGAGUGCGCGUGGCGAGAGGAUCUCAAGUUCCGAGAAGCCGGUCGCGGCUGCGUGGCGUUCGAGGCUUACGCCUGCAACGACGUCACUUUGGUGUUUCGUCAGAAUGUUGGAAGCCAAGGGUAUCACUAUAAAAGGGACAGUAGCCCUCACUACACCGUGAUAUUGGGGAGCCACCGGAACCGGCGACUUCGGAUCGAGGUCAACGGGAAAAACGUUGUAGACGUGGCAGGGAUUGGUUUGUGCUGUUCCUCCUCGUUCCAGAGCUACUGGAUCAGCAUUUACGAUGGUUUGAUAAGUGUUGGUAAUGGAAAUUACCCUCUCCAGGGUGUUGUGUUCCAGUGGAGGGACCCGAACCCGAACUGUGGGGUUCAGUACAUUGGGCUGAGCAGCUGGGACAAGCAUGUCAAGUAUAGGAAUGUAAAUGUGUUGUCUUUGACGCCUCACGUGCCCCAGUGGAAGCACGUGAGUUUUGGUGUGUCUCAGGUUGAGGAUGGUGAAGGGGAAGAGAUCAUCAUGAUGGAUUAUGAGAAAUGGGGACUUAAGAAUUUUCUUGAGAGUUGGGAGUUGUCUGACAUGUUGUUCAUAGUUGGUUCCGAGGAACGGCCUGUGCCUGCUCAUAAGGCGAUCUUGGCAGCUUCUGGGAACUUUUCUUUCUGCUCGCCUUCGUCGUUCGUAGUUAAGCUGCCCAUGGUUUCUUAUGGCGUUCUUCAUGCCCUGCUUCAGUACAUAUACACUGGCUGGACCCAGAUUCCGCAGCAUCAGCUUGGAUCAUUGAGGGCUUUGAGCCUACAGUUUGAAGUGAUGUCACUGGUGAAGCAAUGUGAGGAGAAUAUGGAACGACUUAAGCAAGAUGAUAAGCUGUCUGAUCCUAGCAAGAUAGUGGAAUUAACAUACCCGUGCAUUCAGCUGCAUUCUUCGACUUUGGCCUCGCUUCCUAUCAGCAUUGAGAGACUCAGACAAUUCAAGUUAACUGGCCAGUACAGCGACGUAAAUAUCUACAUUGAGAGUUACGGCCUUGUUGCACGAGCACAUAAAGUUGUACUCAGUUUAUGGAGUGUCCCGUUUGCCAAGAUGUUCACAAAUGGAAUGAGUGAAAGCAUGACCUCAGAGAUUACUCUAAAGGAUGUACCGGCAGAAGCUUUCAUGGCAAUGCUUGACUUCUUAUACGAUGGUGAAUUGAAUGACAAAAUUAUUGAUUCUGGCGCAUUGUUGCUCCAGCUGCUUUUGUUGGCUGACCAAUUUGGAGUGACUUUUCUUCAUCAAGAAUGCUGCAAAAUGCUUUUAGAUUGCCUCUCAGAGGACUCAGUAUGUCCACUUCUCCAAGUGAUUUCUUCAAUCCCAUCAUGUAGACCUAUUAGAGAAACAUUAGAGAGGAGAAUUUCAAUGAACUUUGACUAUUAUAUCAGUUCAAGUACUGAUUUUGUUUCGUUAGAUGAGGCAACUUUCAUCAAUAUCAUUAAGCAUCCAGAUCUGACAGUAACAUCUGAGGAGAAAGUUCUUAACGCAAUUCUAAUGUUCGGCAUGAGAACAAAAGAAUUGCUUGGGUGGGAAAUGGUGGAUGAGUUGCUGGUUAAUUCAGAACCUGAGAUCCUUUUUGGGGAGAGGCUGCAGUCAGUUUAUGACUUAUUGCCAUUUGUGCGGUUUCCGCUGCUACCAUAUUCCUUACUUGAGAAGUUGCAGAAAAGCAACAUUACCUCGCAUAUUCCUGUUUUGCAAGAUCUUGUUAUUGAAGCUAUCAAUUUCAUUCAAUGUGGACAAGCGCGGCUGGAAAAUGAAGAAAAGGUUAGAUUCCAACAUAGACAUUCCAGUUACCGGGAGCUCCAGUACAUUUGUGAUGGGGACAACCAUGGAGUUUUGUACUUUGCAGGCACAUCCUAUGGUGAACACCCAUGGGUCAAUCCUCUCUUAGCAGAGCGAAAGACAAUUACCAUCACAGCGAGCAGUCCCCGCUCGAGAUACACCGAUCCCAAAGUUUUGGUCUCAAGAACCUACCAGGGAACAUGCUAUGCUGGGCCUCGAUUGGAAAAUGGCCAUAUCUGUUCUUGGUGGACGGUUGAUCUUGGCCAAGACCAUCAGCUCAUGUGCAACUACUAUACGCUUAGGCAGGACGGUUCCAAGGCCUUCCCAAGAAGUUGGAAUUUUCAGGGCUCACUUGAUGGGAAGAAUUGGACAAACUUGAAAGUCCAUGAAAAUGAUGGAACAGUGUGCAAGCCGGGUCAGUUUGCAUCUUGGUCAAUAACCGGACCCAACGCUUUACUUCCCUUUAGGUAUUUUCGGGUUGUUUUGACUCGGCCGACCGUUGAUGCCACCAAUCCCUGGAACUUCUCUAUCUGUUACCUGGAACUGUAUGGUUACUUCCAUUAGAAAAGAAACACUUUUGCUUUGGUACUACAUCAGUCAUGACCAUAGCAUACCAUCAAAUAUCAGACACUCACCUUUAUGAGCUUGGCUCUGUCAUGUACAUUACGGUUAUUAAGUAACUAGUUGGUUAUUAAGUAAUUAGUUAUUUGAAUAAAUAAUUUAUGGAUGAGGCUCGUGUUUUGCUUUGGAGAUAAAACGGAGAUAUCUAUAAUAACAGGCAUCGAGUGUAGGAUAAUUGUGGGUGGUAAAUUCAACUAGUGGUCUAAGUAUGCUUUACUAAUAAAGUGUAUUUAUUUUACUUUGGACCUUGUGUAAUAUGCUCGUGCUAUGCAAAGAAAUAAUAUAAUAUACAAUUUUGACAAUAAUAAUGUAAA